CGUCUGAACGAUAUGAUAAAGACGACGAAGCACCCUCUGAUGGGAACCAGUUUCCUGCUAUUGCUGCUCAAGACCUUCAGUUUGUUUUAAAGGCUGGAUACCUUGAAAAACGCAGAAAAGACCACAGUUUUCUUGGCUUUGAAUGGCAGAAGCGUUGGUGUGCUCUCAGUAGUACAGUCUUCUAUUAUUAUGGAAGUGAUAAAGACAAACAACAGAAAGGUGAAUUUGGUCUAGAUGGAUAUGCCGUCAGAAUGAAUAAUACCCUUCGGAAGGAUGGAAAGAAAGAUUGCUGUUUUGAAAUCUCGGCUCCCGAUAAACGCAUUUAUCAGUUUACAGCAGCUACUCCCAAAGAAGCAGAGGAAUGGGUACAGGAAAUCAAAUUUGUACUACAAGACUUGGGUUCUAGUGUCAUUCCUGAGGAGGAAGAAUAUGAUGACAUUGAACAAGUUUCUCCUCCAGUCACCACUGCACCAAUAGAUGAUGACAUUUAUGAAGAACUUCCAGAGGAAGAAGAAGAGAGUGCUCCUCCAAAGACUGCCGAGCCAAAGAAGCUGAGCCCAGUAACCACUAGCAAUGUUUUGGGGGAUAAAAAUACCGAUUAUACUAAUUUCUACCAAGGUUUAUGGGACUGCACAGGAGACGUUCCUGAUGAGUUGUCAUUUAAACGUGGUGAUGUUAUCUACAUUCUCAGCAAGGAGUACCAUAGAUUUGGCUGGUGGGUAGGAGAAAUGAAGGGAUCCAUUGGCCUGGUGCCUAGAGACUACAUAAUAGAGAUGUAUGAGAUUUGAGAGGCCUGGGAGAAGUCUGCAAUUACAAUCAAGAGUGAUGUACAACUGCACCUUCCAGACCAGGUUUCCAAAAUGGAAAGAUUCAACUGUGUGUACUUGUUGUUGUUUGAUGGAUUUAGUAAUACCACCACAUCAAAUACAUUAAACAUUUUUACAUUUUUCUUCAUCUCUAUGCUACUUUAUCAUUUGUCUUUUUGGAAACGUACUCUGUUCAAUCCUUUGUUGUAUAACUACAAUACUGUGACACGCAAUAGAAAGUGUUGAUGGACAAGCAGCAAAACUGUACCUAUUGCUGUUUUGCUUAAAUAUUAAGUGCACUUUAUGGUCAUAGAUAUGCUUUGUUUAAAUGGAAUCAGGUAAUCUUUUCCUAUUUAAUUCUUAGAAAUUUAGUAGCACUUUGACAGUAGCAAAUUAUUAUUUUCCUCAUAUUUUUUUACAUUUCUGCAUCAUUUAUUUUUUUCAUGUCAGUUUAUUUUUAUGCAGAAUAAUGCUUUAUACACACAGAAUAAUAUAUAAACCAGAAUCUCAACUUAUGUAAAUCAGCUCCAUUAAAAUAAUUUAAACUACUCUGUUUUAUACCAUUCUAUUUUUAUUGGCAGAUUUACAUUGUGAGAAAUAUGGACAUCAGAAUAAAAAUGAUAUAGUCUGGGUUCACAACACCUGUUGUAUAAAAAGAAAACAUUUGUGGGUGAUUCCUUGUCAGCAAAAGAGUCUACAUACCUGUUGUGUUAUUGUUGAAGUAUGGAUGCUGUCAUUAGGCCAAUCCUGUAAACCUUACUUAUGUAAAUGAUCCUUGUUUGCCUCUGAACACUAUAAGACAUUUUGUGAAUGCAGGUUAUCUACAGUCUUGACCAUAUAAAAUCUGAAAUCUGGAGUUACUCACUUAAACCACACACGCGUAGAAAACAUUUCAUCUAAGUACACAAAAGCAGAACAAUUCAGAGUUAAUACUUAAAAUCUCCUAAUUGUACUUACAUACUAAAAUACACAGUACCUAAGAUCACCUACUAGAGUCUCUAACACAGCUGGAAACAAGUAGAGGUUAGCCCUAUGAUUUUUAAGAUUUUCAAGCUGCCAAAACAGCAGGUCAGGCCAGUCUGUGAGUUGCUGAGUUUAUGCAGUUCUUAGUAAGUUGCUUGUGCUAUUAAUGCUUCAGGCUAGCCCUGAAAACAGAAUGGGUUAAAAAGUAGUUUUUUGUCUGUGUGUGGUUUAGACCACUAAUGUUUCUUUCUUUUACUUUUUGUUACUCAAGACUACUAGUAGGAGUAAAAUAAGGGGAGGGUUUUUUAUAAACUUUUUGUUAAAUAAAACCAGGUUGGUAUGUAAUAUAAUCUGGGAAGAAUUAAAAUUAUAGAUUAUAACUUUAAAUCUUUAUUUUAUCAAGUGUACUUCUGGAAAAAAAUAUAUAAUGUGUUUGUGUGUGAAUUGUCAAUAUCAGGAGAACUUUUUCCUCAUUAAAAUGACUGCACGAUAAAUCCACGUUAAUCUGUAUUAAUUACACAAAUCAGAAAGUCACCACAAUUACUUUCUUUUUGUACCAGCUCUUUUGUCAAAUAUAUUAUGCACACAUCAGUUGCCUGUAAAAUAAAAAAGGAAAAAAUCUGUUAAGCUAAAUUUGAUUUUUAAAAAGAUACUUUAUAUGCCAAAAUUAAAGCCAUAGAAAAUUUCUACAGCUGAGUUAAACCCUUGAAAUGAGUGUCUCAUGUUGACAAAUCAUAAACUACAGUAGUACCAGUAGGCACACAAUUAUAUUUAUAUUGUAAUAUAAAAAGAGAAGAUUUUGCAAUGGUUUGUCAGUAGAUGGCAGCAGAUUUUCGUAGCAUGUUGAACUGGUUUGAAACCCUUCCCCCGACCAAUGUCUCAUGUACAGGCACAUGAUUUGCAACUUAAAACAUUUGGAGGGCUCCUUUUCUCUUUGCUUGUUAAUCCAGGAGAGGGAGUCCUUAGCUAACUGAUGAAUAAAAAGCUUUUUGAGCUGUUUUUCCUGGUGAUGGUGACACAAGUAGAAAUAAAGCCUCUUUUGUCCAUCAUUCCUAGAUCCCUUUGGGUUCUUUUCCUCACUAAGUUUCAUGGAAGAGUUUAGCUAGCAAACUGCAUAAACAUUCGAAAACUAGGAUAUUCUAAAACAGAGACCCAUAACUCUGACCGAAAGCCCUGACCUGAAAUUUCUCAGAAUAAACUAACAAUGCAAAAUAGGGGAAAGUGUUUACUUUAAAUCGUUGCAAAUGCCAUAACCUUUUUUGGAUGUGAAGAUUCCCAUUAUUACAACUGAAACAAAAUAGAAAAUGUGCUUAAUUGCUUUGUUAUUUGCUUGGGUUUCAUUUGCCUUUCUAUGAGCAGUAAGACAGCUAAUUUUUUUCCAAAGGUGAUUGUAAGUCAUAUUUUAUACAGCAUUUUUAGUUGAUUAUUUGCUCUGUACUGAAUUUGUACUAUAUUGUCAUUAGAUCUUACAAUAAUGUUCCACUCUGCAAAUUUUUAAGGUUCAAAUAAAGUUUAAUUGUUUGCAAACUG